UCCGAGCUCUUCAGAGUGACUGAAUCCAUCUCUCGUCUCCUACUCCAACGUUCCGCACAGAACUAGCUACGAACUAACUCUUGUUGAGCUCACCGUCUAGCCGCGAUAUGGUUUCGUCAAUGAAGCAGUACAGAGAUGAGGCCGAUGCACCAUCGUCCCUCUCCCUCUCGCUCUCCCUCGGCGCCGUGGCCGACCGCAGCAGCAAGAAGAUACGCCGCGGCGGCGCGGACGGCGAGUUCGUGUGCAAGACGUGCGGCCGCUCGUUCCCGUCGUUCCAGGCGCUGGGCGGGCACCGGACAAGCCACCUCCGUGGCCGCCACGGCCUCGCGCUCGGCCUCACUUCCGGGCCGGGGACCAAGAAGACCACGGACGAGAAGCGGGCGCACCAGUGCCACGUCUGCGGGCUGGAGUUCGAGAUGGGGCAGGCGCUCGGUGGCCACAUGCGCCGGCACCGCGAGCAGGAGUCUGCCACCACGGCGCAGGCGCCGCCCGUUCUGCUCCAGCUCUUCGUCUAGCGUUAGCUCCACUGGUGUCCUUCCGAUAUGGAUAGACAUCCAGUGCAGGUGUACGUGUACUGCUUCACCUGUGUCUGUGCGCGCGAUUGGAUUGGUACAUUUGCCGCACACUAGUACUAGGUGUUGAUCGAUCGCUGGUUCAUUCCUUCAUUCUGACGUACAUGUACAUAUUUCGGGACCUGUUCAUUCGUUCAUUAUGGAGACUAUAUAC